AUGAACGAUACAGUGGGACAACUUGCGGCAGCCGGUCACAAAUAUGGCCCUGAAUGCACGAUCGGUGUUGUUAUAGGUUACGGAUGCAAUUCGUCCUACCUGGAAAAGACUUCCCGCAUCACGAAAUUUGACGCAAAGGCUAAAGGUUACAAACAUCCUAACAUGGUUGUUGUCACGGAAUGGGAAGAAUUUGGUUCGAAGGUGAGUUGA